AUGGCGCCCAUGAAGGUGUACGGCUGGGCGGUGUCGCCAUGGAUGGCGCGGGUCCUCGUCUGCCUGGAGGAGGCCGGCGCCGAGUACGAGCUUGUGCCCAUGAGCCGCAACGGCGGCGAUCACCGGCGGCCGGAGCACCUCGCCAGAAACCCCUUCGGUGAGAUCCCGGUGCUGGAGGACGGCGAUCUCACGCUCUACCAAUCUCGUGCCAUCGCAAGGCAUAUUCUCCACAAACACAAGCCCGAGCUUCUAGGAGCGGGCAGCCUCGAGGAGUCGGCGAUGGUGGACGUAUGGGUCGACGUGGAUGCCCACCAGCUCGAGCCCGUACUCAAGCCCAUCGUGGUGAACUGCAUCAUCAACCCGUUUGUCGGUAGGGACGUCGACCAGGGCCUCGUCGAUGAGAGCGUCGAGAAGCUGAAGAAGUUGUUGGAGGUGUACGAGGCGAGGCUGUCACGCAGCAAGUAUCUGGCCGGUGAUUCCAUAAGCUUCACCGACCUCACCCAUUUCAACUUUAUGCGCUACUUCAUGGUGACGGAGCAUGCCGUCGUGCUUGAUGCGUAUCCACGCGCCAAGGCGUGGUGGGAAUCGUUGUUGGCAAGGCCAUCCGUCAAGAAGGUGAUUGCUGGCAUGCCUCCGGAUUUUGGAUUCGGGAGCGGGAGAAUACCAUGA